UUGGCCUGUCAUCCGCCGUUUUCAUUCCAUUUCCAAAUUCCUAGUGCUGAUAUUACGAUAUUCGAUGAAACAUAUCCGACUUUGGCCGGAAAAAGUCGACUAUGUGUUCCGGAGAGCGUGUUCGAAAAAAUACGACACGGGCAUGUUGGGCGAUCUGGGAAAGGGCGCCGGCAAGGGCGGUGGCGGAGGCGGGGCCGUCAGGGACGCUGGCGGCCCUUUUGGUAAAAUGGGAGCUGCACGAGAGGAAGAAUAUUUUUAUCACAAGCAGAGGGAGCUGAUAGCCAAACUGAAGGAUCAAUUGGAAGAAGAGAAUAGGCUGAGAGAGGCAGAAAUCACGAGGCAUCGGCAGGCUAUAGAAGAGAACAAGGAAGCGGUGAAAAAAAUCGAAGAGAGCCUCAGUUACUGCGACGAUAAGGUUAAUAAUAAAGGCCGUCGAUGAACACAACAAACUUCACGGCAGAAGGUUUUUUGAAAAUGUUGGAGGUUUUUCCUCCCGCGUGGCAGUAAAAUGAAAGGACGCGAUGUAGGGCUUAAACCAAAGAAAAAUAAA